AUGCAUGCGCAGCGUAGGCCCAACUGGGUACUGCUGCUGCUCGUGCUGCUGCUCCUGCCCCCGCAGCAGCAGCAGCAGCAGCAGCUCGUUUCUGGCUUUCUGCUGCCAGCAGCACCCCCCGGUGUCUGCAGGUCCCGGGGCUCUGGAGCGUGUUGGGGCCCCUCGGGCUGCUUCCCCGGGGGGCCCCCCUUCGGGGGGCCCCCCAGGCCUUGGGGGGCCCCCUUGACGGGGGCCCCGGGGGCCCCCGGGGCCCCGGGGGGCCCCCCCCGGGGGGCCCCCCCGAGAGGGUACAGGGGGGCCCCCCUGGGGGCCCUUUUGCACUCGCCGGCGCAGGAAAAGCUGGCGGCCGCGGGGGACGGGAAAAGCCGAAGUGGGGAAUAUUUGGUGGCGGAAAUUGGGGGGAGAAAAAGGUGGCUGGAAAGGGGGCGUUUUUAUGAUGUGAAUAGAGUGCAGCAGAAGGAGGGGGGGCUGCUGCUGCUGCUGCGGGUGCUGCUGCUGCAGCAGCAGGACGGCACGCUCCUCCUCGGCCAGCCCUUCCUCGAACACAUCCGGGUGUGGGCGACGGUGCUGAAGCACUUCCGGGGCCCGAAGCUGCACCUGGGGAAGCAGCGGCCGAAGAAGUGGCGGAAGAUGUGGGGCCACCGCCAGGCGCGGACUCGAAUUCGAAUUGACAAAAUUGAAAAUGUGGAGGAGUCUUUGCUGCUGCCCAACGCCCUCCAGGACCCGCUGCUCGCGGCCCUCCUCGCGAUCCGGCGCGCGGAGAAGCCGAGUCGGGUGCUGCCGCUUUACAAGCGGCUCGGGCUGCAGGCAGCAGACCGGAAGGAGCUGCUGCUGAUCGGCGAAGACCCUUUGGCUCUUUUGGAUCCCAAAAUGAAUCAAUUUGCUGCUGACAGACUCGCAGCAGGACACACAGACAUUUUGCCCAUUCUCGGCGAGGGGCUGCAGCCCCAGCCGCAGCAGCAGCUGCUGCGCCAACUCAAGCCCCGGAGGCGCUAG